CCCGGCGGCGGCACGACAAGCGGCCGCCCGUCGAGCGCGCCGCCCCGCUCGGCCCUCCGGUCCCGCUCCGCCGCCGUCUCUUUCCGCACCAGCACCGCAGCCGCCCGCACGUCCUCCCGCACCAUGUCGGUAGCCGGGCUCAAGAAGCAAUUCCACAAAGCCACUCAGAAAGUGAGUGAGAAGGUUGGAGGAGCUGAAGGAACCAAGCUGGACGAUGACUUCAAAGAGAUGGAGCGGAAAGUGGAUGUCACCAGCAGGGCUGUGAUGGAAAUAAUGACUAAAACAAUUGAAUACCUUCAACCCAAUCCAGCUUCCAGAGCUAAACUUAGCAUGAUCAACACCAUGUCAAAAAUCCGUGGCCAGGAGAAAGGGCCAGGCUAUCCCCAGGCAGAAGCACUGCUGGCAGAGGCCAUGCUCAAGUUUGGAAGAGAGCUUGGAGAUGAUUGCAACUUUGGCCCAGCCCUUGGUGAAGUGGGGGAGGCCAUGCGGGAGCUCUCGGAGGUGAAAGACUCAUUGGACAUGGAAGUGAAGCAAAACUUCAUUGACCCCCUUCAGAACCUUCAUGACAAAGAUCUGAGAGAAAUUCAGCAUCAUCUAAAGAAGUUGGAAGGUCGACGCCUGGACUUUGAUUAUAAGAAAAAACGACAAGGCAAGAUUCCAGAUGAAGAGCUCCGUCAGGCUCUGGAGAAAUUUGAUGAAUCUAAAGAAAUUGCUGAGUCAAGCAUGUUUAAUCUCUUAGAGAUGGAUAUCGAACAGGUGAGCCAGCUGUCUGCACUCGUCCAAGCCCAGCUGGAAUACCACAAGCAGGCGGUCCAGAUCCUGCAGCAAGUCACUGUCAGACUGGAAGAAAGAAUAAGGCAAGCUUCAUCUCAGCCUAGAAGGGAAUAUCAGCCUAAACCACGAAUGAGCCUGGAGUUUCCGACUGGAGACAGUACUCAGCCCAACGGGGGCCUCUCGCACACCAGUACACCCAAACCUGCAGGUGCCCCAAUGGAUCAGCCCUGCUGCCGAGCUCUGUACGACUUUGAACCUGAAAAUGAAGGGGAGUUGGGUUUUAAAGAGGGUGAUAUCAUCACACUCACUAACCAAAUUGAUGAGAACUGGUAUGAGGGGAUGCUUCAUGGCCAGUCAGGCUUCUUCCCCAUCAACUAUGUGGAGAUUCUGGUUGCCCUGCCUCAUUAGGAUGUUAGGCUGGCAGGCUUACCUCCUCUUGACCCAGAUAGUUAAGUUUAACCACUGCUUUGGUAAUGCUGCUUACAACACAUCCCAAGUGCAGGCCGCAGUGGUCCAGGUCAUCAAGCCCCACCGAGUAUCUUUGGUUGACUUGUGUGAUCCCACAAGAGUCAUGGUGAUGGGUGGUAUCUUCUUAGGCUGGUGGGCAUGGCAUGUGCUUUUUAAACACCAUCUGAGACCAGCCAGUAGUCAUGGAACUGCUGUUUACACAGUUCUCAGGAGGUUGUGGCUUCUUAGAAUAUGACCAUGAGCCACAUCACAGAAAAAACAUCCUACUGAAGAUACUGUCUAUCACCCAGGGGCCAUCUCAAGGUCUCAGGUUCUCCGUUUCAAUAGGAGAAAGUUCUUGCUUUCACAUUGCCCCUCCCAAAUAUGUGAGUCACAGAAUUGUGGAAGAAAGCCUCCCUCACCAGCAACUUGUCUUCUGGUCUGAAUGAAUUAGUCCCUUGAUGCUAUAGGUAGCAAAGUGUUGAGUGCGAGUUAAAAACCUUUUCUUAAAACUGUCACCUUUGUUCCUCUCACAUAUGCGUGUUUCUGAGGGACAGCAAGUUUUCUUCUCACCCUGCUAAUAAAGCCAGAGGGGGACUCCCGCUGUUAUUUCUAAGUACUACGGUGACAGUUGGCAAUCAGCAUAUUGUGAGAGGGGCUGAAGAGAAGAGAUUCUCCAUUAUGAGGAAUUGGGAAGACAUCUGGUUUCCAAGCUUAAAUUUCUUGCUGCAGAGAAACGAUGUAUAUAUUUAGGCCAUUUCUGAAGGUACAGGGAAGAGGGAUCAAAAAUCACUUCACUUCAGUUUUAUUUAUGAAUUACAUGUUUCAUGAGUCCGUUUGGCACAGAGACACAAGAGAAAAACACAAGAAACCAUUUUUCAACUAGUCCCUAGACCAAGAAACAGCAAUUGUCUUUCCUUUCCACUUCCACCUUGUGUUCUUUGAACAUCAUUUGUGCAUAUUCUGCCCUCAGUGAGGACCAAAUAAAGAUGAUUUUUGUGCUUAGCAGUUUAAGUAAGAUGUGUGGCUGCAGAUGCAAAAGUUUUUCCCAACUCAGUCAUUACUUUUCUUUCUGUCCCUUCUGUUCCAUCUUCGUGUUGUGUGUACAGUGCCGUGUGUAAGCUUAUGAGUGGUUUUUUGUUCUUCUGGGGUUUUUUUUUUUUUUUUUUUGGUAUCAGUCAUUAAGUCCUGUUAGGUAUCCAGAGUUCUAUUUAUCUAGCUGUACAGAUUCUUUCAGAGGUUUAAUGUGCUGCUUCGGAUGUGCCGCCUGCGGUAGUGGGUCAUGUGGAGUGAAAGGCAAAUCUUACUGCUUAAUGUAUAAACCUCUUACCACAGGAAGCAUUGCCGUUUCCAAUAAAUAUUGCUGAAGACAGAA